AUGGAUAUUCGAAACUUUUUUGGUGCCAAGAAACCUGGUGGCUCCAAAGCUAAGAAUAGUAGCAGUAGCAGUAGCGCUUCUAAGGCAAAGGAGAGUGCCAGCAAACGAAAGUCGCCACCCAACCAGACCACGAAUGGCAAGAAACAAAAGCAACGACAAGUGGAAGAUGACGCCAUCGAGGUCAAGGAGAUUUCACCCACUGAUUUCUUUGCAGACGCCAAAAAAGAAACGAAGAAGAAAAGCAGCAAAACAGCAACACCAGAGAAAAAGCCUGCAAAACCUCAAGGCAAACCAAAGGCUGCUCCACCAAAACCUAAAGCUGAUGUUUCUUCCGACGACGAGCCGAUCCAAUUCAUCAAGACAAUGACACCAGAAAAGAAGAAGAAGGAAGUAGUCAACAUUGAUGAUGAUGGUUCAGAUGAUAAAGACGAGGAUUAUGAGGAUGAGGUUCAAGAUGUCACACCGACAAAGAAGAAGCCACCUAGUAGUCGUUCUACAACUCCUGCCGCAUCAUCAUCAUCAUCACCGGCCAAAAGGGCUCGAGCAGCAUCACCAAAGAAGAAAGCGUCUCCUCCGGUCAAAAAGGCAAAACCAUCACCACCACCACCAAAGAAAGAGACAAUAGAAAUCCUUGAGGCAACUUUGGAGAAGGAUUCGUUUGAUGUCGAUUCUUCCCGUGUGCCUGAAUUCAUGCAAGGAUUGACCUUUGUGUUUACUGGCGUCUUGGAGAAUGUGGCUCGUGACGAUGCCAUGGAUCUUGUCAAGAUGUUGGGUGCACGUGUGACAACAGCUGUUUCGAGUAAGACUAGCUAUUUAGUGGCAGGGUCCGUGUUGGAAGAUGGUCGACCAUAUACCGAAGGAUCCAAGUUUGAGAAAGCAUUGGAAAAGGAUGUCAAAGUCGUUUUGGGAGAAAAAAAGCUUUAUGGCCUCUGCCAUUUGUAUCAUGAAAGGGCCAAGAAAGAAAAAGGCAUUACGGAUGCUCCACCAGCACCAUCUAAACAAGCUGCCUCCCCAUCCAAUCCAUAUGCGAAAAAGGCUGCGGUUUCCAAUCCAUACGCCAAAAAGGCGCCCGUGUCAAAUCCAUAUGCCAAGAAGUCCGUUGCCGUAAACCCAUACGCCAAGAAAGCAGGCAGCAGUACCAAUCCAUAUGCUAAGGGUAGCAGUAGUAAAGACCAGUCCAGUAGUAGUAACUCGGAGGUGGCCACCAAAAGCUCAAAUGAUCCCAACCAACUCUGGGCUGAUCGACACGCACCAACCCAUACCAGGGAAAUUCUUGGAAAUAAGGAAAAAGUGUCCAAGUUGCAGAAAUGGUUGGGAUCAUGGGAAAGGCAAUUCAACAACCCAGCUGCGGCAAAGAAGACGUGGUCAAAGCCAGGCGGGCCCUGGAAAGCAGCUCUCUUGUCUGGUCCUCCAGGAAUUGGAAAAACCACCACGGCCACCCUUGUCGCUCAAGAGGCUGGGCGCGACCUUUUGGAGUUCAAUGCUUCUGACGUUCGAUCGAAGAAGGCACUUCAAAAUGGACUUGGUGACUUGACGGGAUCCCAAGCUCUCAACUUUGGGCCAGCUGCUGGAAAGGGAAAGAAAGCACCACCCAAGAAGCUUCGCUGUGUCAUCAUGGACGAAGUUGAUGGUAUGGGAGCCGGUGAUCGCAGUGGUAUGGCAGAGUUGAUUCAAAUGAUCAAAAAGUCCAAGGUGCCCAUCAUUUGCAUUUGCAACGAUCGCCAAAGUCAAAAGAUGAAGUCGCUGCUUCCUUACUGCAUGGAUCUUCGAUUCAACAGACCGAACAAGUCAACCAUGGCCAAUCGAAUCGUUCGGAUUGCUGGCAUGGAAGGUAUGGAAGUAGAGCGCAACGCAGCAGAAGCGAUUGCAGAGUCGUGCGGCAAUGAUGUCCGACAAGUUAUGAACUGUUUGCAAAUGUGGGCACAGAAGAAGCGUGGAGACGGGAGCAACGAUAAAUUGACCUACAAGGGGAUGAAAGAUCGGCAAAAUUCCAUCAACAAAGAUGAAAUUCUUCGAGUGUCACUAUUUGAUGCCGCAAAAACAAUAUUGGAAGGACGGAAAGGUUUGGCAGGCGCAAGUCCAAAAGCGGAACUAGACAGUUUAUACCGACGAACGGAUGCCUUCUUCGUUGAUUAUAGCUUUACUGGUCUCUUGGUACAACAGAACUAUUUGAAGGUAUUGACAGGGCAGCGGAAGAAUGUCGUUGACGUCCCAGACAAGGAGCAAGCUUACCUGGAACGUGUUCACGAUGCUGCCGCUAGUAUGUCUGACUAUGCGGUCUGUGAACAUGAGAUUCGUUCUGGUGAUCUCAAUUGGAGUUUGCUUCCGGCCUGCAGCGUUCUGGCCGUCAAGACUGGUUACCACGCCGGAGGGGAAGACGGUGGCUUCCUACCUUCGUUCCCUGAGUUCACAGCCUGGUUGGGAAAGAACUCGAGUAAGGGAAAGAAACAGAGGCUACUCGACGAGUUGCACUACCAUAUGAACUUCAAGAUUAGUGGUGAUACCCAAGAAUUGCGACAAAACUACCUACCGGUGCUGCGACAGCACAUGUUCAGUAUAUUCAAGGAUGGCAGCGAUGCCGCCGGGAUCAUUUCUUUGAUGGACGAGUAUGGAUUGAGUCGGGAGGAUGUCUUUGAAAAGAUUGAUGAGUUCCGAAUGGGGAAGAAAGUUCCAGCUUUUUCCGAUUUGGAUAGCAAGCAAAAAGCUGCCUUUACACGCGAAUAUAACAAGGGUACUCACAAGAGUCAAGCCUUGGUCGCGGAGCAAGGUGGACCGGCAGGAAGAAAGAAGAAGGGUGGUAAGGCGGAAAAGGAUCCAGCUGACCUGGAUGCCAUCGAUGAGGACGGUGACGUUGAUCAAGAAUCGGAUGAUGAUGAUGACGAAGCUGAGCUUAAGAAGCUGCAAGAAAAGUUUAAGAAGAAAGGACGAAGGGGUGCUGCCAAGAAAGGUGGAGCAAAGAAGACUACUGCCAAGAGAGGGAAAAAAUAG